AUGCCUAGUACCGAGCGUUCGUUGGAAUCGACUUCCACAUGGGCAGUGGCCGUAAUUUGCUUCGUCUUGGUUGCGAUUUCAAUCGUGAUCGAGCAUGUUAUCCACCGGACGGGAUCAUGGUUAAAGAAAAAGAAAAAGUCAUCUUUAUAUGAAGCACUUGACAAGAUCAAAGCAGAGCUUAUGCUGUUGGGAUUCAUAUCACUACUGUUGACGAUAUCACAAGAUUACAUAGCAAGAAUUUGCCUUCCAAGAAGUGUGGCAAAUUCAUGGCAUCCUUGCAAUUACAAUGGGGAUGAUGAUAGUGAAUACGAUGAUUCGUGUCUCGCAAGGGGACAAGUGCAACUUGUGUCGGCAUAUGGAAUUCACCAGCUUCAUAUCUUCAUUUUUGUGUUGGCUAUUUCUCAUAUUCUAUACAGCGUUAUCACUUAUGGACUGGGAACACUAAAGAUGAGGAAAUGGAAAUCAUGGGAAGAUGAAACAAAGACGGUUCAAUACGAGUUCUACAACGACCCUGAAAGAUUCAGAUUUGCAAGGGACACCUCAUUUGGACGCAGACAUUUGCAUUUCUGGAGCAAAUCGCCUGUUCUUUUGUGGAUUGUAUGUUUCUUCAGGCAGUUCUUCAGAUCAGUUGAGAAAGUAGACUACUUGACACUUAGGCAUGGCUUUAUAACAGAACAUUUAACACCUCAGAGCCAAGCAACUUUCAAUUUCCACAAGUAUAUAAAAAGAUCACUUGAAGAAGAUUUCAAAAUAAUUGUGGGAAUAAGCCCAAUAAUAUGGUUCUUGGCUGUUUUGUUUCUCCUCACCAACACCAACGGGUGGUAUUCACAUUUUUGGCUACCAUUUAUCCCUUUAAUUAUACUUCUCUUAAUUGGAGCAAAAUUACAAGUGAUCAUAACAAAGAUGGGAAUAAGAAUCCUUGAUAGAGGAGAUGUGAUCAAGGGCACACCGAUAGUUCAGCCGGGUGACGAUUUGUUCUGGUUCAAUCGUCCCGGCUUAAUUCUUUUCUUGAUUCACUUUAUUCUUUUCGAGGUAAAAAUUUCGUUAUAUUUAUAUUUACCAAAAUAUUAUUAUGAAUAUGGAUUUCCAUCUUGCUACCAUGAGAAUGUGGAAGAUUUGGUCAUUCGGAUUUCGAUGGGUGUCGUGGUACAGUUCAUUUGCAGCUACGUAACUCUCCCUCUCUAUGCCUUGGUCACUCAGAUGGGAUCGAACAUGAAGCCAGUGAUAUUCAGCGAGCCAGUGGCAUCGGCUCUUCGAAAAUGGCACCAUGAGGCUAAGAAGCAGCUCAAACACGGGCGCCCGUCGGCUAACACCACCCCCUUUUCAAGCCGACCGGCCUCUCCAAUGCACGGGAGCAUGUCCCCUGUCUACUUGCUCAAUGGACAAAGAAAUGACAGCGAACACAACAUCGUUAACAUGGCUACAUCUCCUAGGACGGCCUCGAAUUAUAGCUCAUCACAUUACAGAAAAAACAUCUAUGAUGAUGAUGACGAUAAUGAUGAUAUUAAUAGGUACGAGAAUUAUGAGAUUGAGAUAGACGUUGAGAACCCAAACCCGAACCCGAACCCGAACCCGUAUCCGAAUCCUCCUCCACCACCUCGACCUCAAGAGGCCAGUCAACAGCAUGAGGUGCAGAUUAGUUUGAGUGAUUUCUCUUUCAGGCAAAAGGAGAAGCUAUCAUCCUAUCCUAGUUAG